GGCCAGAGAAAGCAGCUGUUAGUCUCCCAGCCCUCCCUCAGAGAGCUCGAACAAGAAAUCCCAGGCAGUGUGGAGUCGGCCAGGCUGCUCAUCUAAACCAGCAGGACAUUCAGGCUGCAAAAGCUGCAUUGAGAGGCCUCUAAGGUGCUAAGUGAAGGCUCCUGUCUCAGGCUGGGACCCUGGGAACCACAGAGAUUCUGCAUCAUGAACACUCUGUCUGAAGCAAACGGCACCUUUGCCAUCCACGUUUUAAAGAUCCUUUGUCAAAACAACCCUUCGAAAAAUGUAUGUUACUCUCCUGUGAGCAUCUCCUCUGCUCUAGCUAUGGUCCUCUUGGGGGCGAAGGGAGACACUGCAGUCCAGAUAUCUCAGGCACUUGGUUUAAACACAGAGAAAGACAUUCAUCAAGGCUUCCAGGAGCUUCUCAGUAAUCUGAACGAGCCCAGCAGAAAGUACUUGCUUAGAACGGCCAAUAGGCUCUUUGCAGAGAAUACCUGUAAAAUCCUCCCAUCCUAUAAGGAGUCCUGUCUCCAGUUCUAUCACUCGGAGCUGGAGCAGCUGUCCUUUGCCAAAGAUCCAGAGGAGUCCAGGAAGCACAUAAACACAUGGGUCUCCAAACAGACUGAAGGGAAAAUUCCAGAGUUGCUGUCAGGAGGCUCAGUUGAUUCAAUGACCAGGCUGGUUCUUGUCAACGCAUUAUACUUCAAAGGAAAGUGGGAUCAAAAGUUUAACAAAGAAGACACAAUAGAAGUGCCCUUUAAAAUUAACAAGAAUGAGGAAAGACCAGUGCAGAUGAUGUAUCAGGAAGACACAUUUAACCACGCCUACGUGAAGGAAGUACAGGCACAGGUGCUGGAGAUACCCUAUGAGGGCCUGGAGCUGAGCUUGUUGGUCCUGCUCCCGGAUGAUGGUGUGGACCUCAGCCAGGUGGAAAACGGUCUCACUUUUGAGAAGUUAAUGGCCUGGACCAAACCAGGCUUUAUGAAAAGCACUGAUAUUGAGGUUUUCCUUCCAAAAUUUAAACUGCAAGAGGAUUAUGACAUGGAGUCUGUGUGUCAGCACCUGGGAAUGGUGGAUGUCUUCCAAGGCAGCAAGGCUGAUUUAUCAGGAAUGUCUCCAGAGAGAGACCUGUGUGUGUCCAAGUGUGUUCACAAGUGUGUUAUGGAGGUCAAUGAAGAAGGCACCGAGGCUGCAGCAGCUUCUUCAAUGAUAGUUCAAGCUUGCUGCGCCGCCAUUGUUCCAACGUUCCGUGCAGACCACCCCUUCCUUUUCUUCAUCAGGCACAACAAAACCAAUAGCCUCCUGUUCUGCGGCAGGUUCUCCUCUCCAUAGAGGCCCAGGUACCAUGUGGGGAACAAUUAUCUCUUCAGUAUCUCCGCCGCUCGUACAGCUCUGUGAGGAUGAUGUCUGAGGGACACCAAGUCCCAAGCUGAGGGCACUUUCCUCCCCUGCCCGUCUCAUCUUACAAUGACAGCUUUAGUCCCCCCUCUCCCGACUUUCAUCUGUGCCCUUUGGUUUUUGUUAUGGGAACAACAAAGAAGGCAAACUAAUCCCACAAGAUAGCCUAUCAAGUUCUCUAAGGUGACCCUAAACAAACACCGCCACUUUCUGCAAGACAAGCCAUGCCAACUAUAUAAGCUGUGCUUUCCUGGCUCCUCACCUCUUGCCAUCGCUUGCCUUAACCUGCUUGCAUCCUAGUAAAUGCUUCUGUGGAUGAUGACGGCUACUGCAGUUUUCCUAGUGAGUGGUCCUUAAUGCACAUUGUAACUUUAGUUGCUUUGCUGUUUGCUGCUCACCAGGUCUAUGCCCACCACUGUGUUAGGCUUGGGGGUGUGUGCGGACAGUGUGGUCCUCAAUUGAUAACCUUGAAUAUCUGCUUUCAACUUAUCUAUCUAGCUGUCAUGACAGCUAGCUUGAACUACUACAUGUUCCCUUGCAGAAGUCAUGCUUCUGUAGACUAUUGUCUUUCUCCCUCACUAUCUAUUAUAGUUAAAUUCUAUGAAAUCCUUAAAUGCUAUUUCAAAAUAAAUUUAUUUUUCUCACCAACCAUGUAUGCAUUUUGAACAUUAAUUGGACCACUUAGAGUUUUUGCUUUAUCUGUUAGCUUUCUGCAUCUUAGAAAACCUCCCAGCUAGAAGCUAUGGUCACCAAGGGCCAGGAUUAUCUCUUACUCUGCUGUAUAGCCACUUACAGGCAGUUAUAAGUGAUUUCACUGUGUGUAAUAAUGCCAUGUGGGACUGGAGAGCUGACUCAGAUGUUUUGGCUUCUACUGGCUCCUGUAUGCAUAUAGUGUAUGUAUCCUUACUCAGACUCCUGGAUCCUAUAUACAUAUAGUACAGAUUCCUGGAUCCUGUAUACAUGUAGUACAUGAUCUUCAGUCAGACUCCUGGAACCUCUAUGCAUAUAGUGCAUGUAUCUUCACUCAGACUCUUGAAUCCUGUAUACAUAUAGUGCAUGUAUCCUUACUCAGACUCCUGGAUCCUGUAUAUAUAUAUAGUGCAGACCCCUGGAUCCUGUAUACAUAUAGUGUAUAUAACUUCACUCAGACUCCUGGGUCCUGUAUGCAUAUAGUGCAUUUAUCCUCACUCAGACUCAUACACAGGCAAGUAAAUUUAAAAAUAAAGAAAAUUUUUAAACAAGAGUACCAUAAGUUUUAUUAAUGGUUGGAUAAUAUCUACUAAUAUGACUCUUUAUGUUUAUUGCAGUUAUUCUUGUAACAAAAUCAGCACUUUAUGGGUAAGCAUCCAUGUCUGUCAGUGACAUUCUAUUAUCAUAUUGUCAUCCCCUUUCAAACACACUGUGUCACCAUCAAGAAAUUCCUUUCCAUUCUUCCUUCUUCUGUCUGUGUAACCAUCAAAGUCCCCGAGUCUGUAGGUUUACUGACUCUGAAAUUUUAUAUAGAUUGUGUCUUUGUUUUCUUCAUAGUGCUCUGGAUGCCCACAGAUUUCUUUUUUCAGUGAAGUUCCACUCAUUUCCUAUUGUUUUUAUCACUCAGUCUCUCUGUGCCUCAGCUAAGAAUCCCACAGCCAAACUCAAGGUUUCAAAGACCUGCCCCUGUUUCCCUCCAAGGCUUUCAUGGCUUGUGCUUUUAUAUUUAGAUCACUGAUCCAGUUUGAAUUAA